AUGGACACCUUCAGCCUGUUGCGGGCGGUAAUCCCGUCAACCUUGAGACGAGCUCAACGCAGUACGAACGACGAAUCUCCUCUUCUGUCUGAGUAUCUCUUGGGCAUACUCUGCGCCAUUUUCUUCCUCGCUCUACUCACCCUCGCCCUGGAGGCCUUCCCCUACUAUCGAUCGUACACCCCUCUUCCAGAGAGCUUGUUUACGUUCCAAGUGGCGCUCAUGAAGAUUGCCACCAUCCUGUUCUCCAUCGUCAUCGUCUACGGAUGUGUCUUGGAGCGUCUGAACGACGGGCCUGAGGCUCAGCAGAAGAACGCGCAUCGCUUUAUCGAGUAUGUGAUCUGGAUCUGGCAGACGUUGGCGGCCAUGAGCGCGGGGGUCGACUGA